CUCGCCUGUUGUUUCCCGGCACAAGCGGUGCAGGGUGUCGGGGUGACAAGCGUGGGGGGGUUGUGCCCGCUCCCUUCAGCGCCCUCCCCACUGAGAGGCGGAGCCGCCGGUUCCCCGCCCGCGGCCGGGGGCUGUGCCUAUGGCCAUGCUGAGUGGAGCAGCAGCGGUCGUGGCCCGGCGGUGCGGCCUCGGGCGCGGGCCCGGGCCCGGCGGGGGAAAGUUGGCAGCGCGACGGUGUUGCAGCGCAGCGCGGCGGCGGGAGUGGGUGCCGCCGGUGGGGUGGGACAGCGGGAUCGUGGCUUACAACAGCCGCAGCCGGACGAAGGAGCCGCUCGUACUGGCCAAGGACCGAGUGGCGACCUGGUACAGCUGCGGGCCGACAGUGUACGACCAUGCACACCUCGGGCACGCGUGCUCCUAUGUUAAGUUUGAUAUAAUUCGAAGGAUAAUGACUAAGUAUUUUGGAAUUGAAGUUAUCAUGGUGAUGGGAAUCACAGACAUAGAUGACAAGAUAAUAAAAAGAGCCAAUGAGAUGAAUAUGUCACCAGUAGCCCUUGCUCGUAUUUAUGAAGAAGACUUCAAACAAGAUAUGGCUGCCUUAAAGGUCCUUCCUCCUACAGUGUAUAUGAGAGUGACUGAAAAUAUUCCUCAGAUAAUUUCCUUUAUAGAAACAAUAAUUGCUAAUGGCCAAGCCUACGCAACCUCACAAGGCAAUGUUUAUUUUGAUGUUAAGUCUUGGGGAAAAAGAUACGGAGUAUUAACUACUAUUUCUUCUGAUACCCAAGAUGAAGCAGUUAAUACUGAUAAACGACAUGGUAAAGAUUUUGCCCUAUGGAAGGCUGCUAAACCUCAAGAGCUAUGUUGGGCUUCUCCCUGGGGAAAAGGAAGACCUGGAUGGCACAUAGAGUGUUCCACAAUAUCGAGUGCAGUGUUUGGAAAGCAGCUGGACAUCCAUACUGGCGGAAUAGAUCUUGCAUUUCCUCAUCAUGAAAAUGAAAUCGCACAGUGUGAGGUGUAUCAUCAGUGUGAGCAAUGGGGAAAUUACUUUUGGCAUUCUGGGCAUUUGCAUGUUAAAGGAAGUCAAGAAAAAAUGUCCAAGUCAUUAAAAAACUACGUAACAGUUAAGGAUUUCCUGAAGAAAUUUUCAUCGGAUCAAUUCAGGAUGUACUGUUUGCGCAGCAGAUACAGCUCAGCAGUAGAAUUCAGUGACGAGAGCAUGGAUGAUGCAAAGAACCUUCUUCAGGCAAUCUCCUCAUUUAUUAAAGAUGCAAAUGCUUAUAUAAAAGGACAGCUGAUAUGUGACCCUGUUAGAGAAGACAUACUGUGGGAAAGGCUAGCCAACACAAAAGUAACCGUGAAGGCUGCGUUUGCAGAUGACUUUGACACCUCCAGGGCUGUUGCAGCAAUUACGGACCUCAUUCACCAUGGCAACAGACAGCUUAAGGCUGUUACUAAGGAUGCUGGAUCUCCUAGAAGCUCUGUUGUGUAUGGAAGCAUUAUUUCCUAUAUAGAAGGCUUUUUUAAUGCCCUUGGGAUGUCCUUUGGAGAAAGACAGGUGGCUCUGAGAGGGGACAGCUCUGCUGUGCUCUCCAAUGUCAUUGACGAGCUCGUACAGUUCCGCACAAAGGUCCGUCAUUAUGCACUUGCUCUACCAGAGGCAGCAGGGACUGCACCAGUGGAGGGUGAUGCAGGAGCCAAAGGAUCAAAACCAGAAGAGAAGCAGAAGAGGCAGCAGCUAAUGCAGGAGAGAAGACCCCUGUUGGAGGCCUGCGACAGUCUGCGUAAAGACCUUGCUGCCUUUGGAAUCCACAUAAAGGACAGAGCUGCUAUUUCAACGUGGGAAAUGGUGGAAGGAGGAGGGCAAGCAGAGCAACAGGCUCAAGAAAAAAGCUGAUUCUUUGUUCUUGGACCUGUGGGGUUUUCUUAUUUCCACUGCUUUGGCAACAGUUGUAAAUAUUAGUAUUUCUAAAUAAAACCUUCAGACCAGAAUGGAUAGAAUGGAAAGAUACAAUCUGAGCAAAGCUGUUGACACUAGUAGCAGGUAAAUAGAGGACUUGCAACCGGUAUGUGGAAGCGUUCAAACCACAGGGCAGCCCAGGAGCCUGCUGGGUUGCCUGACACUGGCCUCAGCAUAUUCAAAUGCAGGCAGUGCCCCAGCCCUGCUUGCUGUGUGGUCUGCCCUCACCCCCUGUUCUGCUCAGCUGGCACUGGGAAUUAAAACACAGUGAAGACAGAGGUGAGAACUUAAGUGUUUUCAUCCUCAAAACAGGCUUCAGUUCAAUGUUUUAAACAUGUGCUUUCCUCUCAGAUGGAAGGAGGUGACACUUUUAGCCUUCAGGUAUUUCCUUACUCCUGUGUUGCUGUUUCAGUCCUGUGAAAUCUUUAACUGCACUAUGAUUGUAUCCAGUUACCUGUAAGGCCUGGUACCUUUUUAAUUUGUUUCUGCAGAGAAUACAUCAAGAUUUUCCUAGCACUGGGAAUGGAGCAUGCUCAGGGUCUCUCCAUUCACAACUGGGAAGAUA